UGUGCGCAGUGGGCGACGGCGGCGCUCUGGCAGGCGGAGCCGCGUCCCUCUCGCUGGUGCUUCCGGCCGGGCCCUCCGCCUCCCCGCGGCGGCGCUUCCGGGCGCGCCUGCGCACUCGGCCCCGCCGCGACCUGCCCGCUGCCGGUGCGCCAGCCGUGUCCCCCCCGCGUGACCCUCCGCCCCUCGCCAUGUACGCCUGCGCAAAGUUCGUCUCCGCUCCCGCGCUGGUGAGGAGGAGCUCGCGGGUGCUGUGCCGGCCGCUCUCUGCCUCCGUGCUGAGCCGCCCCGAGGCCCAGACAGAGCAGAGCCAGCCCGCCUGCCGGGGCAUCCGGACCAGCACGGCCUGCCGGGACAUCGACACUGCCGCCAAGUUCAUCGGCGCCGGCGCUGCGACCGUGGGGGUGGCCGGCUCCGGGGCCGGCAUCGGCACCGUCUUCGGCAGCCUCAUCAUCGGCUACGCCAGGAACCCGUCCCUCAAACAGCAGCUUUUCUCCUACGCCAUCCUGGGCUUUGCCCUCUCCGAGGCCAUGGGGCUCUUCUGCCUCAUGGUGGCCUUCCUCAUCCUCUUCGCCAUGUGACGGAGCCAGCGCUCACGCUUGUCCGGGCCCAGCGCAGCCGUGAACGUCAGGCGUGGGGCCGGGGAGAGCCCCGCUCCCAGCCCUGCUGUCGGGAAGGGAAUAAAUACGGUUCGAGAACGGG